CUGAAGUUAUCUUAUCAAUGUUGCGUACCGUAAAUCAUAGAUUAGUUUUGCCGCUUACAAACUUCGACCACGACAUUUAAAAAUUGAUGAAAAGCGUGAAUACGACUUGGAAGUAGAAUAAUGGGAGGCUGGGAGCAGCAUGUGAAUGCAGCAUUGUAAGAGCGGGCGGUAGCUGGUCUGCGGCGCUAGUGCAGUAACUACGGCCAGGUACGCUAGCGUCCUGCCUCGGUGAGCAAGCAACCAAAGCGGCCUUACCGAGUGCUGUAACUGAAUAGCUUAAUUUUAGCAAACCAGCACCAACCCGCAGCCAUGGAUGCUGAGACUGAUAAGGUAGAGCCUGCGGACAGUGAACAAGACGAGGAAGAAGAUGUAUACGAAGUGGAGCGGAUCAUUGACAUGCGAGUGGAAGAGGGUGAAGUGCUCUACAGAGUCCGCUGGAAGAAUUACUGUUCUGACGAUGACACUUGGGAGCCAGAGGCCCAUUUGGAGGACUGUCGCGAGGUCCUCUUGUCUUUUAAGAAGAACAUGGCUGAAGUAAAGGCCAAGAAAGAAGCAGAACCCAAGAAGGCCGUGAAACUGCUGCCUACAAAGAACGACGUGUUUGAUGCCGACUCGGAGAGUGACGGUGACAAAGACCGUCCAACUGAGUCACCCAUAAAGAAGAAGAAAAAGACAAAGAUCCGGGAAGAGGAACCACCUCCAAAGGAGAAAAAGAAGAAGAAUAAAGACAAACGGAAGGAAGAUAUCAGGCCCCUCCCAGCACCAGAGACAGAUGAAGAAGAAGAAGAAGAAGAAGAUGAUGAAGAAGAAGAAGAAGAAGAGAGACCGCCAACCCCACCCUCUCCUUCAAAGGAGAAAAAGACUGAAUCAAAGAAGCGGGUGGUUGACUCUGAUGAGGAGGAAGAUGAGCCUGUUCCCUCCAAAAAACAGAAGAAGGACAAGGGAAAGGAGGGAGGAAAGCAUAGGAAAGAAAAAGGAGAGGAGGGGAAGAAAAAAAAAGGGAAGAAGGAAAGGAAAAUUGAAACCUCAGAAGAUGAGGCCGCUGCACCUUUGGAAGACUACCUGAGUGACGGCCCAUCAGAGUCCCAAAUGGACGUGACUGCAUCAACGGAAGCUGCAGUAAAGUCAGUUGAUAAGGCACGUUUGGAUGAGUCCAGGCAAAAGAGGGGGAAAUGGGAAGUAAAGCUGCAGGGCAUUAAGGACCUCAUCCAUGACAAAAAGAGCAGAAAGCCAGACGCUGCUACAAAAGAAAUCAGCCUCCAAAAACUAAAGAGCCUCACCUCUAAAGGCAAAGAUGAAUCUGCCCCACACUCGGACUCCAGCGAUAGCUCCACCUUACAUAGGAAAGCCAAGAGCAAAGGGCAGGAGAGCUCAUCAGCGCCACCCAAAGUCCCGUCUUCCUCCACAUCCUCGUCGUCCUCAUCCUCGGUCACAGCAGCUAGCAGCGGCAAGGGUAAGGAGGAAGAGGUGGCUAAAGAGGAGGUUUUGGGACAGAAGGAUGCCACAGGUUCCACUAACCUGUUUGAAAAGUUCCUGUUAAACUGUGAAGCGAAGGACCGCGCCCCCCGCAGGCAGCCAGUGCAUCAGCCCACCCCAGAAAAGAGCAGCAGCAAAUCCACGAAGAUAAUAGGAAAGAUUGAGAAGAUCCCCAAGACAAACAAAGAUUCUCCAGGGCAGAAACCAGAGCCCAAGAAGUCAGAGAAGAACAAGCAAUCCGAUGUCCCCAGGCCUGGCCAGAGUUAUGGUUUCAACCUGGACAGUGAGGAGAGGGAAGGAGAGGAACCUGCAGCAAAGCAGAGGCCUGGAGAGGAACCCAGGGAGCGGAGGGAGAGGCAAGAGGAGACUCAGCGGCCCGGCUGGGAGAGGAGAACCCCAACAGAUGACAGGAGGAAGAGGAGAGAGGACAGUGAGCCCAGACUCUUUAUGGCUUGUGAUGACAAUCAGGACACCCAGGACACCCCAGAGGGCGCUGACAAAUCCGACAAGGGCCAAGCCACUUUGAGUCUAGGAAUGGACCUCAACCUGGACUGGAUGACUCUGGAUGACUUCCAGAAACAUCUGAAUGGGGAGGAUGAGAUCCUGUCAGCUCCACCUUUAUCACCCAGUGAGUUGCGGGAUGCUGUGAAAAAUGGAAAUUACAUGGCUGUAAAAUUGGCACUUAAUUCCAAAGAGGACUACAAUCUGGACCAGGAGGCUUGUACUAUUGGUGAGACGAAGUCAUUUGAAGGAGAGAGGAGCUUGAUUGAAGAGAGGAGUUCAAGUGAUGCUCUUAAGUUGACCCCUAACCUUGGCAGUGCACAAAAAGAAGAGGGUACUCCAUCAAUAAAUGAGAUUAUCCCACAAGAUUUGGAUGGCCCAAAUGAUGGCGAAAAAAUUCCAAGCUGCCCUGCCAGUACAAACACUGAGCAAGUGAUGGUGAAGGAACAUGAAAUGAUCCAAACAUGUGGGAGGGAUAUAACUGAAUCUCAAUACACUGCUUGUGAUUCAGCUACCGUGCAGGAAAGUCAAGGAGAGGAAGACCAGAAGCAAGCACAAGAAGACAAGAUCUCAGACAACACAAAAGGUGGUUUAUCAAGUAAAAUGAGUUUGAACUUUGAUCAUUCAAAUCCAGCCAGAAAUGCAGAAGGGAUGCUGACAAGGGACAGUGACAAAACAGAAAAAAAUGGCGUAGCUAACAUACAAAGUUCCCCCGAGAAAGCAAAUGAGUCAGGUGGUGAGGCAGAGGAUGUUGUGGCAGGUCUGUCAGAUAGUACAGAACAAGUUUUGUUAAAGUCAGAAACAAAGGGGAUUGCUAAAAGACGAUCAAGGCGUCGCAGGAAAAUUGUGGAGAAGAAACAACCCACGCGAUCCAGUUUAAGGACCUGCAAAAAAGUGCUUGAAACAAAACCAACCCCAGUGGAUGAUGAGAAAAAAGAGUCAUUCAAAAAGCACUUCUGUUUAUAUUGCAAAAUGGCUUUUACCCAACUUGCAAAGCAUUUGGAAAGGAAACAUGCAGAAGAGACAGAUGUCGCUCAUGCAAUACACUUUCCCAAAGGUUCCAAAGUCAGACAGACUUUGCUUGACCAAAUCCGAAAUAAAGGAGACUAUGAACAUAAUUUCAAAGUUCUCAAAAGUGGUGAGGGGGAAAUUGUCACAAAGAAGCUGGUGAAAAAUCCCAGCAUUUCAGUACGUGACUUCCUGCCUUGUCAGCACUGCUUUGCUUUUUAUCGCAAAACUGACUUAUGGAGACAUGAGAGGUCAUGUAAAGCCAGAAAGGGAGAUCAGAAAUCAUCUGAAAGGACAAAAAGAAGCGGAGUCCACAGUGCCGCCUCUCGGCUGCUUCCAAUGUCAGAGUUCUUAACUGAACGUUGUGAGGAAAUCAUACACAUCAUGCAUCAAGAUGACAUUUCAAGGCAUAUCAGAAACGACCCACUUAUUUGUAAAUAUGGCAAUGCCUUGUCUGCUAAGUAUGACCAUGACAAGUCUCAGUUUGCAUAUAUUGCACAAAAGAUGAGGGAACUGGGUAGAUUUGUGCUUGCUGUACAUGAGCUUGACAAGAGCGUUAAGUAUUUGCAUGAAGUAUGUCUACCAUCCAGAUUUGAAUUAGCCGUUGAAGGGGCCAAAAAAGUGAGUGGAUUUGAUCCCAGUUCCAGUAAAUUUAAAACGGUUUCACUUGUCUCGAAGAUUGGCUACUCUUUGAAAAGAGCUGCAGAAAUAGCUUUCGGGGAAAGUCGUAUGACGGAGGACAGUGAGACUGAAAGUGAAGUGAAAAAGUUCAUACAGCUUCUUGAUACAAAAUGGAGUGAGAGUUUUUCACGCAAAGCACUUGCAUUAUCUCUCAAGCAAGAGGUCAAAAAAGUGGAAGUAGACAAAUCAACUGUGACGGAAGAUUUAAUAAAACUCCACAGGUUUAUCACAAGGGAAGAAGAUGAAGCGAGAAAAGAGCUGAGAGAAAGUCCUAGUCUGUCAACAUGGAAAAAGCUCAGCGAGGCCACUCUAGCAGAUGUGUGUCUGUUUAACAGAGGAAGGGUAGGAAAUAUUGGUAGAUUACUCUUGCAAACCUAUACUCUCAAAAAGAGUCGGGGAACGUUUGUGCCCUCUGCAGAUCAAAUAAGGAAAUGCACUAAAUUGGAGCUGGACCUUGGUGCCAAUUUCACCAGGUUGGAACUUGAAGGUCAGUAUGGAAGGAACAUGCUGGUUCUGCUAACAGAAAGGAUGGUUUUGUCAGUUGAUUUACUCAUUGAAAAUCGAGAACAAGCAGGUGUGUCCAAAAAUAACCCAUACCUGUUUGCAAGGACUGAAGGCCCAUCCUUCAUUAGAGGAUUGGACUGUUUCCGACGGGCCGCAAUGGAAUGUGGAGUUAAAAACCCAGAAGCACUUCUGUCUUCAUCAUUAAGAGAGCAAAUUGCCAGCUGCUGGCAGAUAAUGAGCCUCAGUGAACACGAAUUGGAUCAAGUGGCCAAACUGGUCGGAAGGAGCAGCCAGGAGUGUUAUAGGCUCUCAAAAAAUGCAUCACAGCUGGAGGAAGUGAGCAAACAACUUCUCAAGAUAGAUCGAACACUGCCAUCAAGUCCACCCAGUACUGCUAGAGACGGAACUGCACAGAAGUCAGCUUUGAGGAGAAGACCUUGGAGUGAGAAGGAGCAGGCUGCAGUGAAGCGUUACUUGUGUGAAUUCAUCACAACAAUGAAGGUUCCAGGCAAAAAGGAGUGCAAUGCUUGCAUAGCUGCUGAACCAGAUCUUGGUGGAAGAUCUUGGACAGAUGUCAAAAACUAUGUUCACAACACACUACAGACAAUACGGAGGAGAAAUAAGUCUGAGCUGACUGUAGAUGAGAGUCCAAAGCCUGGAGUUCAAACCUCAAAGAAAGAUUUGGAAGACGAGAAUGUUGUCUGUAGUCUGACAACAGUGCAUCCUGAUCACCUAAGUUCAAAUUGUUGCAUGACAAUGGCACCACAAACCAACCUGAGAGAAUCAUCAACACCAUUCCCUACAGAGUUGACUCCAACUUAUGCUACUUUGUGUUCAACUAGUACAGACAUGGUCCAUACCAGUCAACCAUUAAUUUCUACUUUCACGCCAUUGAAUGCUACUGAUACACAAGUGGUUCCUACAUUUACUCCGCACAACACUACAAAUGCACUAAUGCCUCCUGUAUACACAUCAGAGAACAUGAUGAUGCCAAUGUCUCCUCCUUACACACAGAAUGCCACAAGUAUUUUGCCCCCUUCUGUGUAUGCACCACAGGACACUACAAGUUCACAAAUGAUUCCUACUUUUAGCGCCCUUAAUGCACCAAGUACCUCAAUGGUGUCUACAUUCACACCAUUGAAUACUCCAAGCUCACCAAUGGUCCCUGCAUUCUCAACUCUAAAUCCUAGAGCUAUCAUUUCGUCAUUCACACCUCUAAACCAUUCAAGUGCACCAGCUUACCCAGCGAACCCACCGAGGGCCCCUCCAACUGCACAGGUUGUCCCAACAGUCCAUAGACCCAGUGUUCCUGACAGAACACGUGUGGCACAGGAAAGUUCACAACUGUCCCCUGCGGUGACUUCAGCUGCCAAACCUCAAAAGAGAAUCAAGAGGUUAUGGAGUGAGGAGGAACAGGCAGCUGUGAGGCGUCAAUUUGGAGACUUCUGUAAACUGGUCAAAGUGCCAGGCAAAAAGGAUUGUGAUGCAUGUUUAGCUGCUGAACCUGCCCUGAACAACAGAACAUGGCGGGAAGUCAAAUACUAUGUACAUAACUCAAUUCAGUCAAUGAAAAGAAGAGGGCAUCCAGUCGCCUCCAAACAAAGUAUUGGACAGGAACCAGAGACUCUUAAUCCCAACACGGAGUGGGAUGGUCCUGUUUAUCUAUCCCUGUAAAUAUUUGUAAAAAGGACUUGUUAGAAGACAAUACAUGGUCAGUGAGAUUUUAUGUGUGUGAUACGUGUGGCUUUUGCCUCAAAUUAUAUGUGGCUCAAGAAUUCAACGGAUGUGAGUAGUACUGUCAGUGAACCUUGGUCUCACUAGCCAUAUGGAUGUUGACAAACUGCCCUGCCUUUCCUUGGGUCACACUUUUUAAGCAGCUCUUGAAAUAUUCAGAAUCAGGUCCAUCAGACCAAGCUCCUGGUGUGCUGUUGCAUGAAUAUAAACAAAAUAGGUUGAACCAUGGGUGUUUGAACUGUAGCUUUGGGUCAGAAAAGCAGAUUUUAAUGUUGAGUAUGAUUAGAUUGCAUCUACAUAUGUAACAUAGUCAAAUAUAUAACACUGUCAAUUUGUCAGGUCAUCACAGGUUAUUUCUAGAAAUGUUUGUGUUUUAGAUGUGUGAUCAUUCAGUAAAUGUGAACAAUAUUUUGCCAGGAUUUGCGAUUUGCUACAAUUGUCCCUGGCAGUUGGCCAACAUGGAACCCAAAUAGACUUAAACAGUUUCAAACACAGUAUUUGGGAAACUGGUGAAAGUAAAAACAGAAUCGUCUGGGACUCCCCAGCCAUCGUUAACAGGGCAUUCCCCACCCUGCACUGGGCAAAGGUAGCCUCAGUGACUGUACAUUUUGAGUGGGAUUUUUACUUUUAUUUACAUCAAAACUGACUUGGACAUCUAUAUUUCUGUCUGUACUGUUUUCAGUAGCAUUUGUAUCAAUUUUUGAUGAAAUCAAAACUGAAAUUGAAAAACUACCAGCAAAUCUUUGCAGCUAGUCCCUCCAACAUGUGUGCUGACUUGCUUGACAUAAUUCUCAAAUGCCUGGCCUAAUUAUAUAAUAUUCUUGCUUUAGCCAGUAGCCUACAUUGUAGAUGGCCUCUGAUAGCCUGCAGCAGUCAUGACUUACCUUCCUUGCUGAUGUUAGAGAUUUAGGAGCUCUGUUUGUAUACCUCUCACUUAAAUAUUGAAAACAUAUUUUUUGUUCUUUUGAGGAUUCUGUCGAUAAAUGUGCAUUAUCUUCGUUUAUAGAUUUGUUUUUUUUAACAAACUGCUGAAAAGUUUGGUUGUAUUUUUAUAUCACUAUAAUGCAACUGUGUAGAACAUUUUAGUACUUGAUCAUGUUUGAUGUACUCUAAUUUGAGGUAAAAUGCGCUGCAUUGGUCUCAUUUGUAUUACUUGUUUUAAGCUUUUAUUAUCUGGGUAUUUUUAACAUUAAUAUCCAGUUUUGAAGAUCAGAUUGCCUUAUUAUUUUGAUAAUUUGCUUUAUUACACUUUGUCCUAUUCAUGUUGAUUGCAUCUUACAGAAACAUAGCAAUUCUGCUCCUGAUACCUUUUGUGAGCUGUUUACCACUUUGGCCCAUAAACCUACAGGUUACAAUUUUUUGUUAUUGUUUUUAGUGUUGUUACACAGUUGAUAUAUGACAAGCAUCAAAAAUGUUAAAAAUUGAAUAUGGCAUCCCUUUUAUAUUUUCAAAUGUAAGGAAACAGACAUUUAACAGUGGCCUUAAAGGGCCUUUGUGCAACUUAUAUUUUGUGAUGGAAGCCUGACAUUGGUUAAGUUAGUGGACCACAUUUCCUUUGCAAAGAAAUCCACAGUCCAGCAGCACUAAAAUAUGUACUCAAAUUGUCCACAUCUGAAGGAGAUGGGGAAGGUCUCAUUUUUCAUGUCAUGUUACCAUCUGCACAUUUCUAGGAAUUGUUUCAUAGAACCCCUUUUAAGUAAAUUCUUGGUCCAAGACUUGUGACUGUUGUCUUGAUUAAGCAGGUUAGUCCCAUUUUAGUUUUAAAAAUUGGACACCACAGCUUUUAUUUUAUGCUCGAUAUUCAGCAAGGGGUGUGGGCCAUAUGUUGUUCGGAAGCGUCAGUCAGCACUGUAGAUGUCUUCAUUUGCAUUUAACAUGCAGUCUACAGUGAUUUUCAUUUAUUUUUAUGAUAAAAAGGAGCAGAAGUUAUGGUUAAGAGUUCUAGAUAGCACUGCUGCUAUUUGUCAAGGACAAAAUCUUUUGUGUUAUCGUCAGUAGCAGCUGUAGUGAACCUGUGUAGAGUAACAAGUGUUCACCCUUUCAUACCAAAGCAAUUGGUCUCAGACCCAGAAUCUUGACUGAUGCAGAACCAGGUCAGAUAACCCAUGUUAACUCAUUCAUAUCAAUGGGAAACAGAUUUUUCCUGUGUUGUUUCUUCCAUGUGAAAGGGGUUUAUCUGUAUUACAGUUCAUACAGUAGUUAGGGCUACACCUCAGAUAAAUCAGUGUUUGGAAAAUGAAGCUGUUUGAGGUCCUCAAAUGAUAAAUGAUCAUUUAGACACUACCAUUGCUGUUUGUUGUUGCAAAUAAACACUUUUUUCCCCUGUAAAGUAGAUAGCUUUUUUUCUCUUGUAUAAGCACACAGUGCGUGUUACUGUUGAUUUUGGUGCAAUUAAGAUGCCUUCAGUUAAUGCUUCUUACCAAGUAUUGUAAAAAAACUCAUGACUUCUGCUUGUACAAUAAAAUGCUUCUUGAUUUAAAAAACA